AAGGAAAAGGCUACAUGCGAAACAAGCAUUGUAUUCUAGAUGGAAACCAAUGUUGAUUAUUCGUGUCUUAAGAUGAUUGAUUCAGAAAUCCUCUUUCUUAUAAUGGUGGAUUUGAUGGUUGCCCCAUAGAAAAAAUAUGUAUUUUAUAUCUAUUUAUUACAUUUCUUCAGGGAGCUCAAGGUGGCAUACAUAGAUCUCCUCUUUUAUCCUCACAACAACCUUGUGAGCGUUUUUCAAUGUCAUCACCAUUUUUCGUCUACAAUGGGAUCUUAUUCCCCACAGCGCUGUCCUCAGCAGAAUCGCUCACCUAUCUGGAAAAAGAAUUUCGCUUCUUGGAUGACGAUCUACUGAGUGUCUCUUACCCCAAGUCAGGUGGCCAUUGGAUGGCAGAGAUCUUGUCAGCGAUCCAGCAAGAAUGGGACCCCUCGUGGGUUUGCAGUGAGAAAAUAACCUGGAUCGAGACUUUUGAUGGCAUGAAGACUGCCUUGAAAUAUCCUCCACCCAGAAUCUUGGCUUCUCACCUUCCAAUAAACCUUUUCCCUAAGACCUUUCUCGAGUCCAAGGCCAAGGUUAUUUAUACCCUACGUAACCCCAAGGAUGUGCUGGUAUUGUUCUACCACUGCUAUAAAAAAUGGAAGGAUCCUGGAAGUCUGGAUGAGUUCUUGGAGGAGUUCUUAGAUGGGAACGUGUCCCAUGGCUCCUGGUUUGACCACGUGAAAGGCUGGCUGCAGAUGAAGAAAAGGGAAAACUUCCUUUUCAUCACGGUUGAAGAGUUGAAACAGGACCUUCGAGGGAGUGUGGAGAAGAUCUGCCAGUUCCUUGGCAAGGAGCUGAACAGCCAGCAAAUUGACUCUGUGGCGGAUAACCCCUCCUUCCAGAAAGUGAAGAAUGAGACUAUGCCCAUCUCAUCUCGGAAGCGAGGAAGUGUUUCGAUGCACAUUAAGCAGCCGCUUGUGCUGACAGGGCUACCCGGGGAUUGGAAGAACCACGUCACAGUGGCACAGAACGAACGCUUUGACCGUUUUUAUCCAUCUCACAUUAAGGGUGUGGGUGUGAGUUUCCCCUGGGACUGAAGAAGAACAAAUGGUUGCUCUUGCUUGCUUUUUUGCAUCCCCACACCCUUUUAUCUCUCAUAUGAUGCAUGUCCCUCCUACCAAACCACCAGGCUGUAUCGCUACCGAAUUAUUAUUUCUUCAGAUGUGAUCAGAAGAGGCUGGUCAGUAAAUGGUAUGGUUGUAUUGUAUUUUGUAUUUUCAAAUGCAAGAGGUAGGCAAGAGGUAGGCAACCUGUGGCCAUCCAGAUGUUGUUGAACUGCAAGCCCAUCACCCUCGGCCAUUGGCAAUGAUGGCUGGGGCUGAUGGGAGCUGGAAUCUAUUACCAUCUGGAGGGCUACAGGUUCCCCAUCCCUGCUGUAUGCUAUUUGUUUUUAUUCUGUAAUAAAAUUGUAUUGUAUCUUAUUGUA